AUGGGGCUUGCUUGUAAAGUGUUUGUGGUGAUAAUUUCUGUUCUUGUAUUUAUAGCUGUAGCUCUUAGUUUUUUAAAUGUUGAAUUAAAUGUUCCAAAACAAACUUAUAACCGUUUAACCGGUUAUCCAGUUUGGCAUCCAGUAAUUGAUGGAUAUGAUCAGACCCAACUUGAUGCAUUAAGUGUAUUUGUCGAGGUGGUGAUGGCAAUUGGUGCAUAUAUUGGAUAUCAUACAAUUAAAAAUAAGCCGAAAUCCAAGAAAUAUUCGACAAUAUUUUAUGAAUACAAUGAUGGACACAGCAAACGUAAAAGACAUAGAAAUGACGAGUUAUAUUAUUUGAUAGUGAUUUACAUUAUAACAACUAUUGUUUCAGGCUUUAUUUAUGCGAUAUUUGAUAUUGGUAAAUUAUUUGGAAUGGUUGCAGUCAAUCAUAAUAUAUUAGAAUAUGUGUUAAUAGUUUGGAUACUAUCAGGAGGAAAAAUCAACUAUUCAAAAUGGUAUGCAUUUUUCUUUAUACAUCUUUUGAUCGUUGGUGUACUUACUAUAUUCUUAAAAUGGCCUUAUGAUGCUAUUGCCUUUAGAAUUCAAGGCUUGACACUUGAUAUAUUAUUAUUUACUGAACUUACAAGAACAUAUUUUACAACACUUUGUAAUUUAAAACGAAAAAAUCGUAUUGCAUUGGUUGACGAUGCAUCGUUUAUUCAUGGAUUGGGCAACACUAUAAAUACCUUUUAUUAUGCUCAACAAACUCCUUAUUCUUUAGCAUUCGCAUUGUAUGCUUACUAUAUUUAUGUUGAUACUCGUAUUCCAGCGUCACCAUAUUCCAAAAAAAUAAUUUAUUUGCCAAAUAAUUCAAGUUAUAUAACUUUCGCAAUUAUUGUUCUCACACUUUCUUUCUCUCUCUUGGUUGUUAGAAUUAGUGUACUAAUUGAAUCUAAACAUGAUAACAGUGGUUGA